UCUACAAGUUGAUCUCGAUUGGACAUGCUUCACGAGCUGCUUCUCGCUCUAUCUGGCCAUCCAGGCGACGUAUUUGUUCCUGAUCCUCCACCACCGGCGCCACUAAAGACGUAUCGGGUAGCGACAGACUUUCCUUUCCUUCAUCCGGCGGAACGGACGGCCUUAGAUCGCCUGGUGCACCUAGGCGCUCUGUAUUCUGUACUCCGGGACUUUGUCGACAAAAAUCGAAAAAGAGUGUGGACAGCAACUCUUCCAUCACAGCAACAGAUUGAAGGGACUGCACCUGUUAGUCCGACCGGAUUUUACUUCUUUGCUUUUUGUGCAGCGGUAGACGAUGUUUUGGACGAAUACCGACAAUUGGUUGUCGAGGCAGAGGUCAAGGUCCUUUCUAGCCUGGACUUGGAUACGGACGGAGGUAGGACACCGAUAAGCUGGUUGGAGCAUGUAUUUGGCAGGUACAAAGUAAUUCUAUCACAUCUGAGACAACUUGUGGAAACCAUUGAGGCAAAUCUUGGCUAUCACGGUGCGGCACUCUUGAGCUUGUUGAAUGCUCGCACCAAAACUGGUAUUCCUGAAGUACGCGGAGUAGUUCUAAGAUUAUUCCAAUCUUGUAUGACAGUAUUCUACAAGCAGCUCAUUACAUGGAUGCUGUACGGCAAGCUGCAUGAUCCACAUGGUGAAUUCUUUGUGAGAAAUGCUGGCGUCGAUAGUCGCCACAAGAACUCUGUAGAUGACGACUUUGAUUUGCAUUUGCAAGCGGAGCAUACUCGAUGGCAAUCCCAAUUCGUUUUAGAUGCCGCACUUGUACCUGACUUUGUUCCUCCGGAUGUCGCCGACACAAUAUUAUUCAUUGGAAAGGCGGUGGUAAUCAUUGGAGAGUCUAAGCGUCCUGAAGCCGCACUAGUGAAGUCGCUGGUCUCCGAACACCUGACUGAAGUUUCUGCGCUUUCAAAGUCACAAGAGUUUCGAUCUCUGGCUUUUGAAAACACUAUCUCUAAAAUCAAAAGAGACGUUGCAGCGAUUCUUUGGGAUGUUGUGGUCAUGGAUGAACAUUUGAUAAAUCACUUGAAGGCUUUCAAAGCUUGCUACUUGUUGGGAAAUGGUGACCUGUGGAUGACCUUCAUUGAGGAAUGUGCCCAAUUGAAGAUGAAGGCUGGGGCACGGUUAUCCCUUGUCACCGCUCAUGAGCUUAAUUCAAUGUUCAAAAAGCUGGUGCGCAAAGCUGCUUCAGAAGAGGAUAUGGGGCUCUAUAUGGAACAUUUUCGGUUCAGAAUGCCAAAGAGUACAAGCGGCCAGGACUCGACGUUGUCACGGAAUUACACCGAGGACCUCCUCGGGGUGCCAUUUACUCUGGAUUAUAUCGUGAAGUGGCCUUUAGACCUCGUCUUCACAUUGAGUGAUAUUACAGACUACAACACCAUUCUGGCCUUCCUGCUACUGCUCAAGGGAACACAUAUGCGGCUACAACGUGUUUGCUCGUCGAUCAGCCAGUCAUUUCGAGCCGUAUCAAGUGGUAAUAGCAAACGAAAUGUAUUGGAUGAGGAUACUGCAGAGGUCCCAAGAGAAAUCUGGCAAGUGCGGGGGGUCAUGAUGUUCUUUUUGGAUUGCUUAUGGUCGUAUAUUCAGAUGGAUAUAUUGGAAUCGAACUAUCAUAUACUGAUGGAAGUUGUGAAGCAGAAAGAGCGAAAUGAGGACGAGACGGUCGCCGAUAUCAAUGCCGCAUCUUCGCAUUCCCGUCCUGACUUCGAAGAUAUUCGAAAAGCGCAUACAGCACACCUACAGGCCGUCCUUCAAGGCUGUUUUCUUGACCCCGUCAUGAACCGGUUGAUUGGUGGAACGGUUCGCGAGGCUCUUACCCUGUGCGAACAAUUCUGUGGACUAGUAGAUAGGAUUCUGAGCGCUGGAUCCUGGAAUGAAUCUGGGAGUGACGGCGUCCUGGUUCAAGUGAGAGCUCUCCGUGAGGAUUUUGAAAAGUGCACAUCCUUCCUCUUCCGCACGUUCUCAAGUGUCCAAACCACCUCGCCACAAGCACACUGUCUAUCCCAACUUCUGCUACGGAUGGAUUAUAAUAGAUGGUUUAGUAUGUCUGGAAAUGACAGUGUGAGAGAGCGCGGUAUUCGUUAAAUGGAAAAAGAGUCAUGUUUUUUCUGUAGAUAUCGUAGGAUUGUAGAAAUGUACCUAAUGGGUUGGACUACUUUUGUAUACAUAUACCAACGUCUUACAUCGUAA